UUUCGCAUUCAGAUUUUAUUCUUCAUAUUCAUAAUAAUUUUCAGUAAUGAAGAAGUUCUUGGUGUUCAUUUUAAUCGGAGCUGUUUCAGCUAGAAUUAGCGACGAAAAAUGUGAAGAAUAUAGUGAGCGGUAUAAGCACGUCCAAAAUUGGGCGGAAUUUUCUCACAUUGGUGCAUUAGGUUCCCACGCCGGUGGUGGCAUUGAUUAUAAUUGUCCGGUAGUUUUAAUAAGUGAAUCUUACGCACUGGCUGGAGCUGCCUGUUUUAAUAAUCGAAAACACGUUGGACAUAUAUUGUUCGGAACAUCAAGUACGUCUGAGUUAGAUCAUGAUAAUAAUACAUGGGUACAAAUAGUCCAAACUUAUAAUAAAUAUCCUCUAGUUCUUAUCAAAUUUUCACCAGCAUUAACAGUAGAUGAUAAAUUAAAACCCGCUUGUAUAUAUACUAAAACGCUUAGAUAUGGACAAGAUUUAAUUGAUACGAUUUGGAUAAAGAAUGAGAAAAAAGACACUGGUUAUACAAGAACUGUCAGACGUUACUACAACGAACUCUUAAAAUUGAAUUCUAAAGUUGUACCUGUAAAAGUGUGCAAAAAUAAAUUUAGCUUUAAUUAUAGAAUAAGGAUUGACGACUCUAGUUUGUGUAUUAAACGGAACUAUCAGGGCUUGUUUACAUCCCACCCUGAUUUCGCUGGAGUCUCUCACCUUUAUGAAAACAACAAGAUUAAAGUCGUUGCUAUUGACGAUUUCGGACCGUUAGAAAUAGAUAGUAGUGUUCCUGAUGUAUCUACAAGACUUUCUGAUUAUAUCGGUUGGAUUGAAUACACCGUUUGGGGUUGAACUUUAUAUUUAGCAUUGAAAAUUCUUUUUGUAACUGAUUAAUUCUGCAACUAAAACAAGUGACUAUAAACUACAGAAAUUUUGAGUGGCAGAUCACUCCAUCAUUAUUUUUUCUGUAAAGAGUACCUUAUGUUCUAAUUCUAGAUAAAACAUGGUUUUAAUUUAAUGGAGCAACAAUAUUUUUAGUGGAGUGAUUCAUACCUCAUCGGGCUUCACGAUUAGAUAGUAAUCGAGAUGAAAAUAUAUAAAUGCCGAUGUUUUCGUAAUUUUAUUUAUCAGUACUUUAUAUGACAACAACUGUUUUUAGUUCUACUUGGAGUUUUAUUGAUAUAACCAAAAGUUUAAACUAAACGAUUUUUAGUUCAUUUUAGGUAAGUUAAACUUCCUUACUCUUUUAGUUGCCUCACAUAUUAAAACGUAAAUUUGUUUCAAUUCUUCUAUAUUCCCUCUGUUAAUUGAAACGUCCCAUAAAACACAACGUUCUCAAGUUACUAUCAAUUGAAUGACUGUUUUUCAUGCUAUUUAUAAAAUGAUAUGUAAUCCAUAGUUUUAUGUAAUAAAAAUGUACCGUAUUGCUUAACA